UUUUUUUCUCUUUUUUUUCAGCUGAAAGAAUUUGAAAUCAUUGGCAGGGCACUGCCAACAGAGAAGAACUCUUCUCCUCCACUCUACAAAAUGAGGAUUUUUGCCCCUGAUGAGGUCAUAGGGAAAUCAAAGUACUGGUACUUUGUUUCCAAACUUAAGAAGAUCAAGAAGUCAACUGGAGAGAUUGUUUCCUGCAGACGGGUUUGUAUAUUCAUGUCCUUAAACUACAUGGGCAGAUCCAGGAAUUUUCGAUUGGGGGUCCAAACUUUGGCUCAGAAAGGACUGUUGAAAUUUUUUUUUGGGGGGGGGGGGGCAAUUUACUUCUCACUUACUUACUUACUUCUUUUUUAAUCUGUGAACGUUCAUCACCGUUGGGCAGGAAAUUUUGCUUUGGGAGCAGAGGUGAACAGAUCAUAGGAGGGUGCCCAAAAACAAUUACAUUUUUUUAUUAUCCCUGGAAUUUAGUGUAGUGGCAAAGUGCAAAGUGUGUUUCACUAAAUAAAAUCAACCUGUUUAAAAGUGGUAUAUGAUCCUGUCACUGUAAGAAUUUCAGUCUCAAACAAGUGUCGCGUCUGAAAGGGGGUAGGGGGGUGUCUAGAUGCCCGGACCCUCCCCCUGGAUCCACCGCUGAACUAAUAACUGAGUGGGUCAAGUGAGGGCUUAAGCCACUGUGUAACUGUAUAUUUUGUUGUAUUCCAAGCUUUUGCAGAUGCACAGCAUCAUCAGAAAAUGAUGAUUCUCUGAUUAAAUACCUUUCAUUAAGAAAGCGGUUUUAGUUUGAUUAGAUCGUGAUUACUAUUUCACACAGAAUUCCUUGAAAAUGUCCAAAGCUAUAUAAUCUGUGUUUUUAAACACGAAACUUGAUAGUGGACGUCCAUAUUAUUGACAGUUGUCAAAAAAGGCUAUCCACUGACCAGUGUCACAUGACUGUAUCACAGGCUCAAGCGUACAAGUCAUUGAGGUGACGUGUUUUUUUAAAGUUAUCUGCUGACUAGUUAUUGGUUUUUAAUUGACUGCCGGCUAAGAUAUAAAAAUUCUCAUUGUCAAAGAAGCUGUGUCCUUGAUCCAACCCAUCGCCAGGUUUGUUUCUGUUCUGUGAACACAGCCUCAAAUGACCUGUUACACGGGGUUGUUGAAAAUUUCUUCCGGUGUUCUUAUUCAGUUCAUUUAAAGAACAGUGCUAAGCAGGCCAUAUGAUAAAUAACUUAUUAACCUCGUCUGUUCAGUAAUUACAGGGAAAUCUCAGACCUUGGCCUUGAUGUAUUGACCUCACUAUCACUCGGCCAAUACAUCAAGACAUUGAAAAGAGCUCUCAAAUCAGUCCGCUUAUGCUUGUUUCUCUCUGUGAUAUAGAUUUAUGAGAAAAAGCCCCUGCAGAUCAAGAACUUUGGUGUGUGGUUGCGUUAUGACUCUCGCAGUGGUACCCACAACAUGUACAGGGAAUAUCGUGACCUGACUGUGGCUUCUGCAGUUACUUCUUGCUGUUAGUAUCAGCUUUCUAAGUUUACAGUGGAACCUCCAUUAACCUCUCUUACAACGGCCAGUUCUCUACAAUGGCCAUUUCUCUGGCCACUUUCUUCUGUCCCCAAGGUGGCCAUUGUGGAGAGGUUCAUUACUAUUGUUGGAGUAAAUUUACCUUGUGCAACUUACCGUGUGGCACAAAGUUUUUGGGGAAGUUUAUUUUUGCAGAUUGGCCAUUUUUGGUGUUUUGUGUGAACUAAUUUUUGCGAUUAGGACAGAUUGUUUUUUUUUGCUGGGAAUUAAUUUUUGCGAUUUUCAGAAAGUACCCAGUACCCAGUAUUGAUAAUAAUUUCGCUUUUGUUAAUUAUGUGCAAUGGAAAUACAAUUUAAGUUUACUCAAAGUAAAUUUUUGCGGGAAAAAUGUUUGCGGUAAUUUUUAUCUUUGCAGGAACUUAUUUUUGCAGAUCGCUGGAAAAAUCGCAAAAACUAGAACCCGCAAAAUUUUUUACCACACAGUAUUUCCUUAAACUUUUAAAAAAUUGUCACCUUCUUGAGUGGCAUGCUUUAGCAUGGAUUAAGUCAUGAAAUUGGGCCUAAUACAAUUGCAAUGCCCUUAAAUUUCCCGCAAAGCCAACCAAAUUCUUUCAUGAACAGGAAAAAAAUGGUCGCAAUGGUGGACAUCCAAACAACUUUGUUCAUUACAGAAAAGUGGCUCAUGUUCCCAAAAUAUUUCAUAUUCCCUAAGUCUACUGUUAGCAACUUAUGGUGUAGUAGCUUUUUAGAAUUGGCAACCACUUUGAAAUAUUUUAGGAGCUAAGUAGCUGUUGGAAAAAACAUUAAUUUCAUGCCCUGUUAGGGAGGAUGGGGAAGAAUUUUGUGCCCAGGUUUUGAGCCUUAGAGUGACGUCAAUGAGAAUUACUGUACCUGACAAGUUCUUGAAUACCAGGUUAAUACCAGAGGAGAUUUUUGUGGAGUCGUAAAUGUUUCCCGAUUUUAGCGUAUUCACAGACAUUUAACCACAUCCGUAAAUCUAAGGACAUACAAAUCGGAUACAGAGCUUUUACUUCAAAAUCUCCAGGCACAUGACCAGACUAGGACAAUUCUAGUUUGGAUUAGUUGGAUUAGCACAUCUGCAUGUAAUCUGCAAAAUGGAUGCAACAUCAAAAUGUUCCAGAUUUUCCACCAAUCUGGAAAAUCUCCUCCAGUGUAAACUUAGCUUUGGAAAGAGGUCAUACUCUAAUGUUCUGUGGUCACAAGGUUGGGGGGUUGUGUACAGUUCUAACAACUCUAUGUAAAAAACAACAUGAGUAAGCUCUAACUUAUGUGUAAAUGAUUGGUUGAUUUUUGUUUGCAGACCGGGAUAUGGCUGCCAGGCAUCGUGCACGAGGCUCAAGUAUUCAGAUCAUGAAAGUUGAUGUUAUUCCAGCCAACAAGUGCCGAAGGCCACAUGUCAAACAGCUUCAUGUAAGCUAUUUUUUUAAAAUUUUUGUUAAUAAUUUCAGCAAUGAUUCAAAUGCACCAAUCAUCAGCAGUUGGUGAGGUGGUGUUUGGUAAGGCAGGUCUCUCAGUACGAUCCAGUUUGUUCAGAUAUCUGUUUUGAAUCAGCCACUUCUGUGCUCUGAAGGUCAAUUGAACUAUUAUCAUUCUGUAUUAUACUACAAAGGUCUUAAAUCACUACCUUUAAAUUAGCUUACUUCACAUCUUUAUGUACACUGUAUGAAAAGUUAUUGAAACUCCUGAAAAUUAUGGCACAUUGCUAGUUGUUAACAUCAUCCAAUAAACAGCAGCAAUAAGCAGACAAGAUCAGGGUUGUCAGGCUGUGUUGUCAAAGUAAGCGGCUAGUCCAGAGAUAUUUUAUUUAAAAAACACCAUCCGUAAAGAAGUGCCAAGCAGAGUAGUUGGCCAAUACUAAUGAAGUAGGCGGCGAUUUUCGCCAGCAGCCAGCUACUUUUGACAACCCUGCGAGAUGUUAUUCCCACAAACUUUAGGAAUGAACACUCGGGUUGUUCUGUUUCUUGGGUCACCAAGAGAAUAAAAAUUACUAAGCAUUUAACUAGGCAUUUUACCCUUACAGAAGGGUAGUUUUGAUACGUUUACAUUAAAGUAUGAUUUUGGGAAUAUGCUUGACCACAUGAAUUUAGAUUGAUGCCUGUUUGUUACAUUUGUUUUUGUUUCACAGAAUUCCAAGAUAAAGUUUCCUCUGCCCCACCGUGUCAUCAAGUCGCACUUCAAAUCUAAGUUUGUGGCUAAGCGUCCCAACACCUUCUAUUAA